AUGAUGGAUCUCUCACACUUGACACGCCCAUCAAUCCUGUGCCAGUGUUCGCGCUGCUCCAGCUCGCUAGCCGCCUGUGAAAAUGAGUGGGCGAAGCUGUCGAACACGUACUCGACCGUUGCGGGGUGGCUCAGCGUUGACCUGAAUAGGAUUAAUAUAUCUUCGGAGAAGAAACAGAUCCCUCAGUCGUCCGAACUCAGCUUCGUACGGGGCUGCAUUGUGCAGGAGAUUAUGUGCAGGCUCUGUCACCAGAAGCUCGGAGCUCUCGCCCACUUGGAGAAUGGAGUCAAGAUCUUCUGGAAACUGUCUAAAGUCUCUUUUCGAGAGAUCAUAUCUAUGAGGGAGACUCAACCGGUUUUCAAGGAAGGCGCACUACCUACUCUCUUCCCACAGCACAGAGCUCCCACGGAACCCGAGUCCACCUCAAGAGCUGACCCGUCAGCCACCUCAGAUCAAUCUGAUAGCGCUCUUCGCGCUACCUCUGUCCAGCAACAGAUACAGAGUCAGGGAGUGAGCAUUAAUCGAAUCUCAAGCUCCGUCGACGAGCUGCACGAUACCAUGGCCGAACUAAAACAAGCCUUUACAGCUUUGCGGAUCGAAUUGAACGCACCCGGAAAUCGUAUACAGGAUAUCGACAAGAUGGACGGGGGUCUGGACAUGGUCAGGACUGUGCUGAAAGAGCUUAAAGCCAAAGCAGACGAAAUCGAAAAGCUGAGACUGGAAAACGAGUCAUUGAAGUUGAAGAACAAGUAUUUGGAGGAACGAAAUAUGGCAGCAUCUCCGCCUAUGCCCCAUCGUUUGGACAAUAGAGCCAUGUCUGAAGUUCGCAGUCCUGGUCUUCUAAAUGAGAAUGGGAAGCGUUCGUGGCCCGGAACGCUCACGGAUAACCACCACCAGCAGAUCGCGGACUCGUUCGACGAUGAUGGUGACAAUGAAACUGUGAACCACGUGGCGUUGGAAGAGUCUGCGCUGCCUCCCGUCAAGGUUCCCUUGAAGCCAGCAGACGAUACUGCUGCUGCCAGUUUUCGGCAGCUACAGAAUGAAAUCGCGUCGUGGGCGCAGAACGGAGAUGGUUCCGGUUCUGACCUGGUGACAGGAGGUCGAAGUGAAACCGGAGAGCCUGCCAAUAAACGCCCACGGCUGAGUACUGCAGAGAAUAUCGAGAGCCCUGGUAGUGCAGGAAAAGAGAAAAAGAAACCAGGGAGGCCUAAGGGCUGGCGAAAGUCUACGGGUCAGACACAGCCAUCUGACGAGCCGCAGACCCCCGUACCAGCAGUAAUGUUGUCUGAACAGGAGGCCGACGUUAGUUCCGGCACACAGAGAGAAGAAGCUGUCGCCAACCACGAAGAUGACACCGCAGACUCUGGAGGGCCUCAAACACGGAGCCGAGGCAGACGAGCAAGAUCCAGGGCUCCAUCCAGGGCUGCAUCCAAGGCCCCAUCCAGAGCGCCAUCAGCCUCCCCGAUCGUCACCAGAUCAGCCCAGAAAGCCCAAGACAAGAACACUACACCACUUAAAGACAUCGAAGCAAACGAAGCAAAUGCCGACUCUGUCGCCACAGCUGAAGCAGCGUUCACGGUUCAACCUCCGGAUAUCCCCCAGAAUUCAAAUUCAUCCGAAAAAGAGAACAGUAAUGAGAAUGCAGUUUCAGCCCCCGAUCAAGUCUCUUCUUCCAACACGCGCAAAUCCCAAGUCGCCGCCAGAGACGUCCUGGCUAAGAUGGCAAUGGAGCGAGAAGAAGCGAUGGCGACUGACGGGUAG